CGUCCGUCUGGUAUGAGGACUUAAAAGCGCCUGCGCAAGUCAACACCUACACUUGUGAACACACAGCUGUCAUUAGAGUCUUCCUGCAGAUUGUUGACAAUAUAACAAUGGCCGAUGUUGGCAAGCUUGAGGACAACUUCAAGGAGUACAACGAUGCCUCUAUUUUCACACAAGUCAUGAGACGAUUUGCCCUGGGUUUGCGAGAGUUGGUGCUGCUUGUCGUCGUCGCUGGUGUUGUGCUAAUGUGUGUGGUGUUUGUCAUUAUGUUUGCCGUUACGAAGUCUGACGAGGUCGCAGCUCGGGUGGAAGCACAGAAAGGGCGCCAGUUUGACAACACGUGUUUCACUAAAUCAUGCCUUGAUGCUACUAGCUACGCCCUCGACAACAUGAACUUCACCGUCAACCCCUGUGACAACUUCUACGAGUACGCCUGUGGUAACUACCGUCGUAAACGCCCCUUAAACGCCGUCGACAAGGACCAUAGUCCCCUCCGGGAUUUAUUCUACAGGAACCGGCAGAAGCUGCGGACACUUCUGGAGGCUCCAGUCAAGCGGAACACGGACUGGGCAUCAGAGAGGAAGCUGAAGCACCUGUUCCAGUCGUGCAUGGAUGACUUCACCCUCGAGCAGUUGAAGGGACGCCGUCUGGAGCAGGUUCUGAAGCCUAUCGGGGGAUGGUAUGUCCUCGGUACGUGGGAAGCUUCGACCUGGAAUCUGAACGGGCUCUUGAAGAAGGUGCAGUCUGACUUCUGGGUGGAUGCUCUGUGGGCUCCGAGAGUAGGGCAAGAUUGGAAUGAACCUAAAGAAAGAUCGAUUGAGAUCUACCCUGCUGGGACUGGGAUGUAUAUGAGAUGGUAUUACUACACCGACCCCAGUGCCGUGAAGAUCCAGAACGACUACAAAAAGUUUAUGCGGCGUGUGGCGAACUUGAUAAUCAGGGACUCCAACAUCACACUGUCUGUCCAGACACAGCAGGAUAGAGUGGACCAGUUCGUCACAGACGCCUUCAGCGUGGAGACACACAUAGCACGGAUUGCGUCAGGGACGCAGUGGACAUCGAACCCCUACCAUGACACCAACAAGAUCUCGCUGGACGACCUCACCACCAGAACAAGGAACGUGAUUGACUGGAAACAACAGAUGACGUAUCUCUUCAACGACGCCGGGGUGACCGGCAGCACUAAAGUUGCCGUGUACAACUUCAACUACCUCUCACACAUAGCUGACGUGAUCAACAACAUCAGCCAGGCUGACAGAGCUCGGACGCUGCACAACUACUUGGUCUGGCGAGUGUUGGAGACGUACGCGCAGGAUCUGUCCAUGGAGUACGUGCACGCCAACAGAGAGGUGUACGUCGACAUCACCGGCUACAAAGAGUUCCUGGGCAAGUGGAGGUACUGCUUCUACUACAGCAACGGCAGACUCCCUGAUGCCAUGUCGGCUCUGUUUGUAGCCGAUCACUUCGCAGACCAGAACAAAGCAAAGGUCAUUGACAUCACGGACACUACCAAGCAGGCGUUGGCUGAUCUUCUCCGGACCACGCCCUGGCUGGAUGACAAGACCCGGGCCUAUGCUGAGAGUAAGGUGAAGGCCACGACGUUCAAGCUCGGCUAUCCUGAUUACAUCGCCAACCAGGACGCGGUGGACACGAUAUACGACCAGCUGCAAAUCAAUGGGUCCGACUGGUUUGGGAACAUCCUGCGGAUCAACCAGUUCCACAAGGUCCGCUGGAACAAGGAGGAACUGCGGGAGGAGAGGACCGGAAACAGUGGUAUUUUCGGGCGUUUGACACCAACAUGGCGGUGUGGUGGUACUCUAACCAAACUCAUGAAAGAGGUGGGCCUUUGUUUCCUUUACUUCAACAAUAACCUGACUCUCUCUGGCAGACAUAUAAAGCCUUCAAGCAGCGUCAAACCAGUCACUCACUCACAUAACUCACAUCUCUAUAUUCUGAUUAUUUACUUAGUAACUAUAUGCAUAUGUAGACCUGUAUAUGUUUGGAGUGAAGGUCGAGCCUGGGACAAAGAUGGCGAAUAUAUGGGCACCAAUAAAGAAUGGUGGACCAACGCCACCAUGACGUCAUACGGCGACGUCAAACAGUGCAUGAUUGACGUCCUCACCAACAAAACACAAGGCCCUGUAGUCAGACCCGAUGGGAAAAAGGUCGAUAUGCCUCUUAACGCCGCGGGAGUGGCAGCAGAAGCCAUCGCCAUCACGUCGGGUGCCCAUCUCGCUUAUAAGGCAUACAAGCUAUGGCUGCAACAGAAGGGUAUGGAGAAGACCGCGCCCACCGGUAUGAACCUCAGCAAUGAGAAGCUGUUCUUCGUUUCGUUUGCCCAGAUGUACUGCUACAACACAGACAACGAGCUGAUGUACAGGAGACUGAGGUUCGGGUACUACCUGUUGGGAGACACGAAAGUGAACACAGCUUUGCGUCAACUGAAAGAAUUCAGUCAAACAUUUGGCUGCAGUCCAACGUCUCCCAUGAACCAGCCUGACAAGUGCACCCUCUACUGAAGCCCUACAUGAACCAGCCUGACAAGUGCACCUCUACUGACGUGUUAGAUGACCCCACCCCACGCCUUCUCAACCUAUACCGCCAAAUGCACAUUGUACUGAUGUCUCGUGACAUUCUGUGUUCAUAUGGAGCUGUAUACAUCAUGGUGACGUCACAGUGACUCUGGCUUACGUCAUCACAACAAUAUGUUCACGGAGUUAUACAACAUCUAAGAAGCCGUGCUCCUUCCAGUGUCUCUAUGCACCUAUGGACAACUCAGUAACCUGUAUCCGACACCGGUGUACAACUUCGGUGCAGUAUACAACAAUAACACCAUCCUACCACAUAACUUCCGCAUCUACGCAGACAAGCUAUAAUGUAUCGUGUAUGCCUGAUAGUGCAUGGUCUGACUAUGAUCAUGGACCCCUGUAAUUCAUUUGUGAUAUGAUUGACUCUGACAUCGAGGUACUUCGUGGUACAGAAAUAUGUAAUGUGUCAAAUUAUUUGUUCCUUCAUUUUUAAAUAUUUUUCUACCAUAAAGACAAUAAAAUUUGUCCCCUGA